AGUUAUAUUUUUUGAAGCGAAACUUCUAAUGGGGAUUCGGGAAAGGUUGCGUUAGACGUGUAACGCGCAGUGGUAAUGGCACAAACAGUCACCGAUGCAAAACCGUCGACCGAAUCAGCUGAUACGACCUUUCUUAUGAGAGCGCAAUGUCAAUGAACACUCAUCACCGCUUUUACAUCCGCUUCAAUAGACCGUACGGUUUAGGACGGCAAAAACAAAAUUGUGUACAUCAGCUGUUUGAUAUGCCGCUGCCGUUUUCAAAAUGUUUAAAAAGAUGGCUUCAGGACGACAUUUGCCGUGUAGUGCAUCUUUCGUUGAAUAUAAUUAAAAUGAGGAGGCUGCAGGACACACAGUGGAGUCGAGGUUUUCUGAAAGGAGACAUGAAGAAGCGUGAGGAUCGCUACUUCGCGUAUUUCCACUGGUUCGAUAAAAUCAAGAAAACAGCUCAAUCUUAUUGUGAUUACAGAGCACGAAAGCGAGCAGAAAUGGAAAAAGAGUUAUCAAAUACGGUAACUAGUAAUCUGUCUACAAGUUCUGAGCCUUCUUCAAAUGUUGAUUUCUGGAAAAGUAACGUUUCAAAAGCAAAGCCCUUUGCGAAAUAAGAAUAUCAAAUUGCGGCAAAUCCUAUUUGCACAUUAGAUAACCAAUUAUUCGACUUUAUUAACUCGAAAAAAGACAUUUCGAUGAUAGUAUAUAAUUGCCAAAGUCUCCGUGCACAUCAAUGAUUUUACCGAUUCAGUCUUCCGACGAAUACUUUGAUGUUAUCAGAUAGCUUUAUGAGCGAUGAAGAACCUACUGUACAAGUACCAAAUUUUUAAUUUGUUGUGAGAUUUCAAUGUAAUGAAAUUCGAAAUUCAGGUGUUGUCAUCUACCGAAAUGAAAAAGACAGAUAUUACGUUGUUACACCUCAUUUGCUAAUAAAAGCUCAUUACUCAAGUGUGGCUGGGUCACGGUAUCAACAUCAGCAAGAGUUGGGGACUGAGAUAUGAUUAUUGGUAGGAAUAAUCCAACGACAAAAGGAGGGACCACUAUUGAUGCAGUUUUCGGUAGAAAAAUUAAACAUUUCAUAUCUCAUUUAUCACUGAAAGUGAGAAUUAAAUUGAAAACAAAUUUUUGUCAAAAAAAAAAUUUGUAUUUGCCAAAAAUAUUAUGUUAUAUUGAUUUCAAUCCUUUCAUGUUUCCAAUUUGCCAUCAUGAAAUUUCACUUUUAGGCGCGGAGGGACUCCUCGCACCGUGUUUUUCGUUUACAAAGUAACAGUUAUUUGAUAACAAUAAAUACAGCGCCCGCUAAAAGUGAGAAUUAAAUUGAAAAAAAUGUUUGGUCAAAAAAAAAAACUUGUAUUGUGUUAUAUUGAUUUCAAUCCUUUCAUGUUUCCAAUUUGCCAUCAUGAAAUUUCACUUUUAGGCGCGGAGGGACUCCUCGCACCGUGUUUUUCGUUUACAAAGUAACUGUUAUCAAAUAACUGUAUUUACUAGUGGAUUAUGAUAGCUAAAAUGAAAUAUAAAAUGUUUAAUUUUUCUACCGAAAACUGCAUCAAUAGUUGUCCCCCCUUUUGUCGUUAGAUUAUUCCUACCAAUAAUCAUAUCUCAGUCCCCAACUCUUGCUGAUGUUGAUACCGUUGAUACAGUUAUUUGAUAACAGUUUUUUAUUGCACACAGAAUAAUAAUAGUUAACUCUUAUAAUACUGUGAUGAAUACGAGUAUCAGAACAAAUCAGAAUUAACGAUAAACUGUCAGAAGCAACUAGACAGCGAAUUCGUAGUUGCCAGAAUG